UCUCUCUCCUUUGAUUCACUUCACAAAUCGCAGCCAGAGCACUCUCUUUUGCUACCAACUCUUCUUCUCCAAACUUCGGCAAUCAAAUUCUUUCGUAGAAGACACCAACCUAAACACCAAAUGGCUCGCUUCGCCGUUGUGGCCGCCUUCGUCGCCCUGCUCGCCGUCACGGCCGCGGCGCAGGCCCCUGGAGCGGCUCCCAAGAUGGCCCCGCUCCCCGCACCGCCGGCGAGGUCCCCGGCCACCGCCCCUGCGCCGGUCGCCACCCCGCCCAGCGCCGUGGCGCCGUCGUCCCCGCUCUCCUCUCCGCCGGCCCCGACCCCGGAGACAGCCGACGCUCCUUCCGCGAUGACUCCCUCCGCGGUCUCCGCCACGCCGGCCGGCGCCCCCAGCGGCACACCCGCGAGCUCCGCCGUCUACGCGUCGACCGUCAGCUUCGUCGCCGUCGCCGGAGCGGUCGCCGCCGCCAUCGUGUUUUAGAUGGAGCGAGGACUCUGUUUUUUAGCCGUUGUUUAUACUGCGGGAUUCGAUUGAUUCUUUAUUACAGAUCGGGGAAAGAUUAUUAGAUUGAUGCGGCUUCGCGAUGUAAUCUUGUCGGUACUCAUGCGUGAGAUCAUUAUGAAUAUAAUUCUUUGAUUUGUCAU